GACACACAACCAUGGGAAAAAUUAGUUUCUUCUUCCUUCUUUUCACCCUGUUUUUGUCAAAUUUUGUUGCUUCAACCCUUGGUAAGAAGCAAGGUGAUGUCCUUGGCAAGUUUUACAAGGCCAAGCAAAAGAAUUCAGCGUUUUACAAGAGUUAUUAUAAGGCGACAGGCGUUGAAAAUGUAGAAUUAGACAAAGUUAUUCUUCCACAGGAGGGAUUAAAAGCAAAAGAUUGGAUCAACAAAUUGCCUGGACAACCACCAGUGAAGUUUCAACAAUAUGGUGGUUAUGUUACUGUCAAUCAAUCUGCUGGUCGUGCUUUGUAUUAUUACUUCACUGAAGCUGAGAAUUCCAACGCAUUGCCUUUGCUUCUUUGGCUUAAUGGAGGUCCUGGUUGUUCUUCAAUUGCAUAUGGUGCAAUGGAGGAACUUGGACCAUUUAGAGUUAAUAGUGAUGGAAAAACAUUACACAGGAAUCGUUAUGCGUGGAACCAUGCUGCCAAUGUGUUGUUUUUGGAGUCACCUGCUGGAGUAGGAUUUUCAUAUACAAAUACAAGCAGUGAUCUCAAUACAACUGGAGAUAGUAGAACUGCUAAUGAUAAUGUUGUGUUUUUACUCAAUUGGCUCGAGAGAUUUCCCGAGUACAAGAACAGAGAUUUUUACAUUUCUGGUGAGAGUUACGCGGGGCAUUACGUACCUCAAUUGGCACAUGCAAUUCUUCAGCUUAAUAAGCUUGAGAAAAAGACUCUUAUCAAUCUUAAAGGAAUAAUUAUUGGUAAUGCUGUGAUUAAUGAUGACACAGACACAAUUGGAAUGUAUGAAUACUUUGCAUCUCACGCAUUAAUUUCAGAUGAAACGUACCAUGACAUCCUGAAUAGUUGUUAUGAUGAUAACUACAAUCAGAGCAAGUGCGAUGAGGCAGCUGAGAUUACAAACAAAAAUUUGAACAAUCUUGACAUUUACAACAUUUAUUAUCCCCUUUGCAAGAAUGGAAAUCUAACUAAAUAUCCAAAAACACCGACAUUAAUUUUGAUGCAGCCAUUGCAGAUUGACCCCUGCUCCGACAAGUAUAUUUAUGCUUACAUGAACAGGCGCGAUGUUCAAGAUGCACUCCAUGCCAAUGUUAGCAACCUCAAAUAUGAUUGGACAUCUUGCAGCGAUUCACUCUUUUACGAUUGGAAAGAUAGCCCGGUCACUAUAAUUCCUCUCCUCAAAGAGUCUUUGGAAAAUGGUGUUCGUGUGUGGAUUUUUAGUGGUGAUACAGACGGAAGGGUCCCUGUUACUUCUUCAAAGAGAUCUAUACAAGCAAUGAACCUUACAGUUGAUCAACCUUGGCGCUCUUGGUUGAAUGGAGGAGAGGUUGGAGGAUAUGUUGAGGCAUAUAAAGGAGGUCUAACAUUUGCAACACUGUCUUUCAAUCGACAAUGGAUGGCAAAAGGCAUAGAACUAUUUAUAGCUGUCUUUCAAUCGACAAUGUUUCAUGAUAAAUACCAUUCAUCUCACUUAACUUUUCAACACAACACACACACAACAAUGGGAAAAUUCACUUCCUACUUCCUUCUUUUUGCCCUCUUUUUCUCCAACUUUAUUGCUUCAAGCCUUGGAAAAAAGCAAAGUGAAGUGCUUGGAAAAUUUUACAAGGCAAAGCAGGAUUCAGCCUUUGGCAAGAAUUACUAUAAGGCGGCAGCCGUUGAAAAUGUAGAAUUGGACAAAGUUAUUCAUCCACAGGAGGGAUUAAAAGAAAAAGAUUGGAUCAACAAAUUGCCUGGACAACCACCAGUAAAGUUUCAACAAUAUGGUGGUUAUGUUACUGUCAAUCAAUCUGCUGGUCGUGCUUUGUAUUAUUACUUCACUGAAGCUGAGAAUUCUAACGCAUUGCCUUUGCUUCUCUGGCUUAAUGGAGGUCCUGGAUGUUCAUCUAUCGCAUAUGGGGCCAUGGAGGAGGUUGGUCCAUUUAGAGCUAAUAGUGAUGGGCAAACGUUACAUAGGAAUCAUUAUGCGUGGAAUCUUGUUGCCAAUGUGUUGUUUUUGGAGUGUCCUGCUGGAGUAGGAUUUUCAUAUACAAAUACAAGCAGCGACCUCAAUAAAACUGGAGAUAGUAGAACUGUUAGUGAUAAUGUUGUGUUUUUACUCAAUUGGCUCGAGAGAUUUCCCGAGUACAAGAACAGAGAUUUUUACAUUUCUGGUGAGAGUUAUGCUGGACAUUAUGUUCCUCAAUUGGCACAUACAAUUCUUCAGCAUAACAAGCUAUCAAACAAGACUCUUAUCAAUCUCAAAGGAAUAAUUAUUGGGAAUGCAGUGAUUAAUGAUGACACAGACAUCAUAGGAAUGUACGAAUACUAUGCAUCUCAUGCGCUCAUUUCAGAUGAAACGUUCCUUGACAUCAAGAAAUAUUGCUUUGACAAUCACUACAAUAAGAGCAACUGUAAUGAGGCAGUAGCAGUUUCAAACAACAAUUUGAAUCAUAUCAAUAUUUACAACAUUUAUUCCCCUCUUUGCAAGGAUGGAAAUCUCACGAAAUACCCAAAAGUACCAUCAGUAACUAUUUUGAUGCAGCCAUUAGUGUUUGAGGCCUGCUCCGACCAGUACGUUCAUGCUUAUCUGAACAGGCGGGAUGUUCAAGAUGCACUCCAUGCCAAUGUUACGAACAUCAAAUAUGAUUGGGAAUCUUGCAGUGAUCCACUCUUUUACAACUGGAAAGACAGCCCGGCAACUAUAAUUCCUCUCCUCACAGAGUCUUUGGAAAACGGUGUUCAAGUUUGGAUUUUCAGUGGUGAUAUUGAUGGAGCAGUUCCUGUAACAUCUACGAAGAAAUCCAUAAAAGCAAUGAACCUUAUAGUUGAUCAACCAUGGCGCUCUUGGUUAUCUGGAGGAGAGAUUGGAGGAUAUGUUGAGACAUAUAAAGGAGGUCUAACAUUUGCAACAGUAAGAGGCGCGGGACAUGAAGUUCCAAGCUACCAACCUGCUAGAGCCCUUUCCCUUAUUUCUCACUUCCUUUCGGGCACACUACUCCCUGGAAAUCAUUAAUCUAGCACAUU